AUGGGAAGAGCAGAUUUCGGAGUGUUUUGUAUAUUGUAGUGCCAAUUGCAUUUGGGUUGUUGUUGGUGGUUGUUGCUAUCGUCAUUUUCAGGAAGAGAAAGCAAAAGUCAGGUGAAUUGGUUUCCGAGGAAAAUGAGUAUAGUGGUGGGGCAGAGUGUCUGCAAUUCAACCUUGCCGCCAUUAGAGCGGCGACUAACAACUUCUCCGAUCACUAUAAGCUUGGUCAAGGUGGGUUCGGCCCUGUUUAUAAGGGGGUGCUCUCAAACGGGGAGGUCAUAGCAGUGAAGAGAUUGUCCAAAAAUUCAAAUCAGGGAGAACUUGAAUUUAAGAAUGAAGUGAUUUGCGUCGCAAGGCUACAACAUCGAAACCUAGUCAGGCUUCUAGGCUUUUGCCUUGAAGGAAUAGAAAGGCUUCUCAUUUAUGAGUUCCUUCCCAACUCAAGUCUUGACCAUAUGAUAUUUGAUGCAAACAAGCGCAGAAGGUUCGGUUGGGAGACUCGUCAUAACAUAAUUGUGGGAAUAGCAAGGGGACUUAUUUACCUUCAUGAAGAUUCUCAACUCCGAAUCGUUCAUCGUGAUCUCAAAGCUAGUAAUAUUCUUUUGGAUGACAAUAUGAAUCCUAAAAUAUCAGAUUUUGGAAUGGCAAGGUUAUUCGAAUCAGACGAUCAAACAAGAGACGUCACUCAUCGGAUUGUCGGCACCUAGUAAGUUCAAAAAUUCCAGUUUUAUCCUCUGCUUACGCGUUUAAAUAAAUUUUAGAGCACUUUCAGAAGAAUUAGUGCCAUUUCGUUACAUGUUUUACAAUUUUAUCAGACGACUUUAUCAUACACAAAUUUUUUAAAGUUCAUGUAGGCAUUUGAUAAAUAAUCAAAAACUUAAUUACUAAAAUUAGGUGCAUUUUUUGGUGAGUAGGUUGGAUUGAAUGACGGACAAUUUAAACUGUUUCCAUAAAAUUUAUUCUCUACAUUAUUAAUCACUCAUAUAAAAUAGUGCAACGUAUGCACUAUACCUUGUCGCUAUUUAUCUUUUCAAUAAUUGUGUGAAUUCAUUAAAUCAACCAUUUUUACCUAAAACAUUUUUUAUUAUCGUCAAAACGGCUUUCAUUAAAAUAGAGCAAACAUACAAGACAAUAUUCAGACAGUUAUUACAUAUCCGAUCGCAAGCCCUAGUAAUAGACUUAAAGUUAGCUACCCAUACAAAGCAACCUGACUCGCUAGACACAAAACGGGCAAGAAUAAGCCUAAAACGAUCGAAAAUGAAGCACUGCCUAUCAAAUGUUCAUAAAAAAUCAAAAUACUCCAACUAUACCUACUCGAACUGAAAUAAAAACAAGUACUACGUACUAAAGGAAAAAUAAUGCGAAAAUAGAAACUUUCCCAAAUUGCUUCUUCGUUCGGAGGUGGUUCCGGAGGCAGAUGAGCUGCUGUAGUAUGGGAGAAGAGAAUUUCGAGCCCUGGAAAAUUCGUCUGAAACCCUAUCCUUCUUGCGCUCGCCAAUUUGCUUCUUGAGGUUUAUCAUUGAAAUCCAUGUCCGAGGUGCAGAAGAGAUCUCUAUCAUGAUGCUGCCUUUGUAACUAAUUGCCUGUAAAAUUCCUGAAUCAGCCCGUCCAAGAAAGGAUUCCAGACCGGUACGAAUCACUGGUGCAAAUAAUAGCCUUCCUUGGAUCCAACCGUUCGAAAUUUCCCUGGAUCAAACCGUCCAAGAAGGAUUUCCAAUCGACCGCCGAUUGUAGCCGAUAAGAGGCGCAACCCAAAACACGCCGGACACCGCCGAUUAAAUUGACCGCCGGAAAAACAAACCCUAGCCGCCGAUUGAGGUCGUGCGUUGGGAGAGCAGCUCGAGAGCUUUUAGCGUUUUUUAGUACUCCGCGUAACUCGGCCUCACCUAAAACAUUAAUAACUUUAGAAAAUUAUAGUCGAUUCAACAAAUAUAUUCUCCUAAAAAAGAUCUUAUUAGUAGAAUUCUUAUUUUGUUCAGCCUAGUUGCGAACAAAAUAAUUGGUAUAGGAAAUCAACAUACUUCACUAGAGCAAUUUACCAAACAUUUUUUAUUUGAUUAACUUUAAUUAAUUAAGUUUUUUAACAAGACAUACCUCUUAUUAUAUGGUCUACAGUCUACACCAUACUUACGUGGUCUAGACGAUACUCGAUCUACACAUAGUGUGCACCUAUAGCUUGUCACAAUAUUUGGUUUUUAAUGCAUGAAUGAAUCAUAAAAUGUAGUGGCUAUAUGGCUCCGGAAUAUGUUAUACACGGUCAGUUCUCGAGUAAAUCUGAUGUUUAUAGCUUCGGCGUGUUAUUGCUUGAAAUAAUCACCGGUGAAAGGAUUAAGAGCUUUCGUGGAGGGGAAGAUGAACAAAGUCUUGUUGACUAUGUAAGCUAUGCACAAAAUUAUGUAUUUUACAUGCAUGCAUGCGCGCACGCACACACGAACUCACACACACUCACACGCGCACACACGUACAAGUAUAUACAUACACAAAAAUACACUAAAAAUACACACACAUAUAUCAUACACGCAUACAUAAGUGAUUAAUCAAAUUUAAAAUAAUGUACUUUGCAGGCAUGGAACAUGUGGAAUAAAAGGACACCGUUGGAUCUAAUUGAUUCCACUAUGCCAUCGUUUAGUACUUUCACAAGCGAUAUAAUAAGAUGUAUUCAUAUUGCCUUACUAUGUGUGCAAGAAAAUGUGGGAAGUAGACCAACCAUGGCUUCGGUGGUUUUAAUGCUUAGUAGCAGAUCAGUUAUUAUGUCAAGACCAUCAAGACCCGCAUACAUUUUUCACUCCAUGACGCAACAACAUACAUCGUCAUCGUCAUCAUCGUCAAGUGCCCACAAUAACUCACACUCUACCUCAACUAGAAGUAGUAGCCAUGUUGAAAGAAGUUCUCGGAAUGAAGUUUCUCUAUCAGAGCUAGAAGCUCGAUAACCGUACACAUCUUUCAUUUUGUAUAAUUUAAACAGAAAAAAGAUGAAAGGUUCUCAUUAAAUACGUAAAACAUGAUAAUGCAAUCAUGUCGACGUUAAGCUUUCAGGUGGGGGAAUGCAUGGCAUAAUGUUGUAUUGUUAUGAUUAGUUUUAUUAUUUUGUCGUAUUCCUUAACUGAAAUAAAUAAAUAUCCAAUUAUUAUUUUAACAUGUUUUUCACGUUUUCUUGUUGGGAGUAAUUGUAGGAUCAAAGCUAACAAUACAAAAUUCUAGGCUCCCCCCAGCCCCC